AUGGAGGUCUCCGCUGCAGCCCUGGCCGUCCUCCUCCUCGCCGCCGCCUUGUGCGCUCCUGCAUCUGCCUCGCCAUAUGCCCCCGACACCACGCCCUGCUGCUUUGCCUACACCUCCCGCCCACUGCCCCCCACCCACGUCCAGGAGUAUUUCUACACCAGCAGCAAGUGUUCCAUGCCAGCAGUCGUCCUCAUCACCCGAAGGAAGCGUCAGGCGUGUGCUGACCCACAGAAGAAAUGGGUGCGGGAGUUGAUCAACACUUUGGAGAUGAGCUAG